AUCGGCUUCGCCGGCUCGUGACUCACGGCUGUACACAUCGCGAGCGAACGAGCGAGCGAACGAACGAACGAACGAACGAACGAACGAGCAAGCAAGCAAGUAAGAGCGAGCAAGCAAGCAAGAGAAGCCGAGGCUUUCGCUGCAGCCGCCAGCCGCCGGGCGACGAGCGAACAGUGUUUCCUAGUGUGUCGUUCUUGUCUUACGUUGUUACAUCGUCAUCAUCAUCGUCGCCGUCGUCAUCGUCGUUGUGUCGUCGUCUCUAGUGUACCAGAACAGAGAAAGGUGCGCAUCAUCUCUGGUUUCUAUCGCCCAGGAACGUGGACUUUAAAAAUCGAUGUUGAAACGUCAUCGAUCGAUCGAUCAUUUUCAUGAAGGACAUCUUUUACUAUCGAGGAAGCCCGAGAGGAAAGAUCGUGUCUUAGGAAAAAGAAGUGGGGAGAAGAGAGAGAGAAGAAAGGGAAAAAAAAGAUAGAGUAGUGGAGAAGACACGUAGAGAAGAUUGCUCUAAAUUUGUGUCCACUCGAAGAAGAUAAACUCGAUUCCUCGAUAAUGGAGGAUCGAGAGAGUCCCUUUGCUAGGACUCAACCUAGUAGAAGCUCGAUAAGACCACCGAGUAUUUUACGAAAGGCUGCCAUACUAACGGUUGGUAAUGUCGGUGGUGUUGGUGGUGGCGUCGGCGGUGGUGGUGGUCACGAAACUGGACGACAGAAACUAACAAGUCCAAAAACAAUGAACAAGAGACUACCUACGACACAUACCACUGCCUUGGACAAUUUGAAACAAUGGGAAUUGGUUGAAGAUGGUAAUAAAGGUCUUCAAGUUGUCGAGAAAAGAAGUUGUUUGAAGGUACCGUGCAGUCCUUCUUAUGGAAAUAGGACUCCGGUCUUUGCUAGAAGGACAAUGCCUGUUGAAAAUGCAAUGAUCGACGUGAAUCUCGAAGAAAAAUUAAAGGCUUUCAAGAACUCAAAGAUCAUUCAACCGAUUCUCGAGCCAUCAUUGAUACCAUUAUCGAGCGAGCAAGUAGUUACUUCGAUCGAUACGUCCAAAUCACCUGUCAGUCUCGACUUGUUAUUCAAGCAACGACAACAACAACAACAACAACAGGAACAACAGCAACAACAACAACAACAACAACAACAAAAGAAAAAUACUAACGAGGAAAGUACUGACAUGCUUCAACGAUUGGAACAACAGGUCAAAGCGAUCGAAUUGGGUACGAUCGCAGCAGCGAAAACCCGUCAAUUGGAAAACAGCGAGGAAUUUGGGCACGAGGUUGAAUUACGUUACAGGGAACACGAGGAUCUAUUGAAGAAUGUAACAGACGACGAGGCCGAGGGGGCCUCGCCGUUGCAUCGUGGAGACGCUACGAGAAACUCAACCGGAAAUGCAAGCAUCGCACCGAAGAAGCCCUCCUCGGUGAAGCUCUCGAGGACAGCUUCCGAUACUAGACGAGGACAGGAAACGGAAAUUCCCUUGAGAGCUCAGACGAGGGUGCAACCAGUUCGCACCCUCGUACGACCAAUCAUCACGAAAAAAGAUCAUCAACGUCAGCUGCAGCAACAACAGUUACAGCUACAACAACAACAACAACAACAACAACAACAACAGCUACUACUACAACAGCAUCAGCAGCAGCAACAGCAACAACAACAGAACAAUAUUGUGAGCAGUACUUUCAGGCCACUCUCUGACGUCAUGCAGAAAGGUGUUCGUAACGAGAAGGAGACAGGGGAUGGCGUUGGAGCAUUGUCGACCAGCGGUGGACGAAUGUCGUCCAGGAGCCGUACCUCCGAGGAACCGCACAUUGGCAAAUACAAGUUACUCAAAACCAUUGGUAAGGGUAACUUCGCCAAGGUCAAGCUUGCUAAGCAUGUGCCUACGGGGAAGGAGGUGGCCAUCAAGAUUAUCGAUAAAACGCAACUUAAUCCGGGUAGUCUUCAAAAGCUCUUUCGAGAAGUAAGGAUAAUGAAGAUGCUCGACCAUCCGAACAUAGUGAAACUUUUCCAAGUUAUCGAGACUGAAAAGACACUGUACCUGGUAAUGGAGUAUGCUAGUGGUGGCGAGGUAUUCGAUUAUCUCGUUUUACAUGGUCGAAUGAAGGAGAAGGAGGCCCGUGCUAAAUUCAGGCAAAUCGUAUCUGCCGUGCAAUACUGCCAUCAGAAAAAGAUCAUCCAUAGAGACUUAAAGGCCGAGAAUUUGCUUCUUGACAGCGAGAUGAACAUAAAGAUUGCCGACUUUGGUUUCAGUAAUGAAUUUACGCCUGGUAACAAAUUGGACACCUUCUGUGGCUCGCCACCUUAUGCGGCGCCUGAACUUUUCCAAGGUAAAAAGUAUGACGGACCUGAAGUGGACGUAUGGUCGUUGGGUGUUAUUCUGUAUACAUUAGUAUCUGGCUCACUGCCAUUCGAUGGGUCAACACUAAGGGAGUUAAGGGAAAGGGUGUUAAGAGGAAAGUACCGGAUCCCAUUUUACAUGUCCACCGACUGUGAAAAUCUCCUGAAAAAAUUCUUGGUGCUUAACCCUACGAAGCGGGCCUCAUUAGAGGUACGUGGAGAUAAGAAUAUAAUGAAGGAUAAAUGGAUGAAUAUGGGAUAUGAGGAUGAUGAAUUAAAACCGUACUUAGAACCUGAACCUGAUUAUAAAGACCACAAGAGGAUAGGUGAGUCUGCCAAGGCCUUAGCUAAUAUGGGAUAUACGAGAAGCGAAAUCGAAGACUCAUUAGGUCAAGCUAAAUAUGAUGAUGUAUUUGCGACAUACUUGCUAUUAGGCAGAAAAACAACGGAUCCUGAAAGUGAUGGCUCGCGGUCUGGCAGUUCUUUAUCAUUGCGCACUAUUCCUGCACAAGUUGGUUCGGGCGGAGGAGGAAGUAGUGGAGGAGGUACAGGUGGUGCUGUACAAAGUCCGUCACACAGAAGUGUUCACAGAAGUAUUUCUGCUAGCAAUCCAAAGCCCAGCAGACGGGCCUCGUCUGGUGGCGAAACCCUUCGAGGUGCACCAAGUCCAGGUAAUGCAACGAAUCAUAAUCAUGCUCCUGCUGUAACUGGUGGAACAGUUACCAGUAGUGGUGGUAGCAAUUUCAAACGGCAGAAUACUGUAGAUGCGGCAACGAUCAAGGAGAAUAGUGCUCGUGUUUCUGCCGCUCGACCUUCCGCCCCAAAAAACAGUCCUGGGCAACUCGAUACUAUGACAAUGUUCAUUCUAGGCGUGGGUACAAGUCCCAGUAGUAAAGGAAGGGUGGGCAACAAGAGCAACACAAUGAAUGCAGGAGUAGGUGGUGUUCGGCCACUUACCUCACCUGCUCCUGGUUCUGUUGGUCGACGUAGCACCAUCUCCUAUGACCAAGCAAAAACAUCUUCUUCUACUGAAAGAACCAACGACGUACCCAGUUUUGUGCACAGCCUGGGCGAAGGCACUAGACCAACACGGGGUCACACCAAGUCUGCGAGCAUCAGUGCAGGUCACCGUUCCUCCAGUGGCGUACCUCCCAGCGACCAUUCACUACUGGACCCUCAACCACGCAACGCCCACAACUCCUUACUCGCCACUGCUGACCCUCUUAGGCAGAGCUUGGGUGUACCUCCAAGCAAUAGACUGGCAACACCAACAACACCGGCAUUUCCACGAAAUGUUCCAAGUCGUAGUACGUUCCAUUCUGGACAAAACAGAGCACAACGUACUCAUACUCAGGGUCAUACACAUACACAGGACACAAAUGCGAUUAGCCCCCUAGCAAGGCCGUCCUUUUUCUCCAAGUUGUCUUCAAAAUUCUCCAAACGCCCCAUGGACCCAUCCGUACCCCCCAAGCACCCAGUAGUGAGCGGUGCAGCAACCACUAAUGAUGAGCAGGUUAAACCACGCAGUCUACGCUUUACUUGGAGCAUGAAAACGACCAGUAGUCGAGAUCCAAAUGAAAUUAUGUCCGAAAUUCGAAAGGUAUUGGAUGCUAAUAAAUGUCAAUACGAACAACGUGAAAGAUUCCUGUUAUUAUGCGCGCAUGGAGAUGCAUCAACAGACAGUCAAGUACAAUGGGAAAUAGAAGUCUGCAAACUGCCACGACUUUCCUUAAAUGGUGUAAGAUUCAAACGUAUCUCAGGCACUUCUAUUGGUUUUAAAAAUAUUGCCAGCAAAGUUGCAGACGAGCUCAAGCUAUGAUUAUCGGCCACGGGCGCCUUAGCAAACCGCGCCAACCCAUAACGCCCUCAUGAAGAGUACCAUCAAAUGGCAGCCUGCGAGGAAUUUUACUUUUGUUUCUUCUGGGACUCCGAUUCUGAAAACAAUAGCCAAGAAAUAUUCGUUUGACAAUUCCUCCAUCCCAGAAACAAAGACACACAUCGGAUAGUAAAUCAUCAAUAUAUUUCCAUUGUGCCGGAGGUAUGCUAUAAUGAAUCUUGGAAAGCCUGAAACUGUGAUUUGUGAUGGCUAAUACAUAUUCAAAUACUCUUGAGUGCCAAAUGGAACUAGGUUGGCUCAUAUGUAAUACUUCAAGAAAGGCUGAGCAAUUAGCCGACCAACUUAUGUGUAAAGCUGGCAUUACACACAACAAUCUACAUGAUUAGUUUUUGAACUUUUUCUUUUUUAGUUUCUCUCAAAUGGAUCUGCAUAAUUGACAAUGAGUGAAAGUAUCAGCAUUUUGCUUACAGUUUGACCCACACCCUAAUUGUGAUCUCUGGCAGUUUUCAAUUUAGUACAUCAUGUUUCAGUUCUGACAGUAUUAUUAAUAUGGCAUUGCUGUUCUCUAGAUAUUGCAGGUGUGGCUGCAGCAAUAUAUAUAAAUAUAUUUAUAAACUUUAUAUUAAUACGCUUUGUAGGUGUCAAAUAUUAUUUUCUUCUUUAAUAUGUUAGUAACACUACAAAUAUUCUAGAAAGGAAACACAGUAAUAUAUUUUUAAUGUGCCUAAUAAAAAGAAUAUUAAAAAAUAUGCCUUCUUCCUUCUGAAAAAGGUAUUGUUUAAAUGAAAAGAAAAAAAAAAAAAAAAAAAAAACGUUAUAAAACCUUUUGACGAAAUAUAAAAGGAUUUUGGGAACACACAUGCGGUACACUUACAAUGUCCAGAGAAUUUUUUCACAGUACUAUUAAAUUAAUUAUGUUUCGUAUUUAAAAUGUUAUAAGUGGGGUAUCUCUGUAAAUAAUUUAUCAAAUCUAAUAACUCGUGAAAAGAAAAAAAAAAUAUGUAGCGAUCUAUUAAUAAGAAAUUAUCAUCACUAUAACCAAUCACAAACAAAUAAUAAAUCGAACUAUUUUAACGCUGGGCAAGUGCACAGCCAUUUACUUUUCAAACAUUUUUAUGAUGCUUUACUUUUUUAUCUAUACUAUAAGUUUGAAAAUACACAGCACUUUAGAUAUUAGCGAAUUAAUUCAUAAUAAUUGUUAUUAACAACAUUUUUAUUUUUACCAUAAAAUAUAAAUAAUAUUCGAUACAGUACUACGAAGAUAGAAGGAAAAGAGCUAUAUUAACAUAAUUUAAGAGUAUCACCAAGUGACAAAACUCAUGUUUCAUGUGAAUAAUACACAAGUACUUCAUUCUCAAAAAGUUGGGAUAUACCUAGACACCUCAUUAUUAUUAAUAACAAGAUCUGUUAUUUCUACGAAAGUUAUGAUAAUAUUAAAUUUAAGUAUUAUAAUUGGCUAUAUGGUACUAUUUAAUCUUUUAUUCGCAAAGGCAUUCACGAUUGAUGAAGUAAAAUUAGAAGUUAUAUUGUAAAUGUAGAGGCGAAUUACUAGGGACUUGGUGUAAAUAAUAUAAUACGAAGGUACUAAAUUAAUCGAAUGGGAAGCCUCAUACCAAGAAUAUUAAAUACACUUCGAAAAUUCAAGUAUCAAACUUUUUAUAUUUGCCUAAGAUUAAUCAAGAAGUACGUUAUGAGAUAGGCAAUGACACUAAUUUAUUUACGUAAAUACAAAUGCAAUGAUUUUUUCACAUUUCUAACGCUCGCAAUUAACGAGCCAAGUAAUUUCAACGUACAUAUAUAGCACUGUAUCGGCCAAUGUCUUUUUGGUAAACAGUGUUACAAAUUGAUAUACAUAAAUGACUGAUAGCAACUAAGUAUCGACGCCGGCAGUUCUGUAUCGAAACAUCUUCUUUGGGAAAACUUUAAAUAUGAUGAAUAUAUACAGAAAAAGGGCAUCGGGACUUACUCUCUUUACGUAUUAAUCAUACAAGUUCCAUUUAUCGAAAUUAUCCUACGAACCAAUAAUACGAAGGACAGUGUAAUAUAUAUAUAAAUUAAAUAAAAAAAAAAGGAAUGAGACGCGUUGAAUAAAUACACAAAACACACACAUACACACGUGCACGCGCGCGUAACUUCGUGCGGCGCCUUCUUUUCGCACAUGAAGCUUCGCGUUAAUUAUGGUGGACGACGUAAUAUAACAUGCAUCUAUAUCACAGAGACUUCAUCAUUAGAGAAUUAGAUCUCAGGAUACGAUCGAGGGGUUUUUUUCGUUUCCUUUCCUUUUUUCUUUUCUUUUCUCUUUUCUUCUUCUUCUUCUUCUUCUUUUUUUUUUUCUUUUACCCUCCCUUCCUUUUUCAAUUUCUUUCUUUCUUUCUUUCUUUCUUUCUUUCUUUCUUUCUUUCUUUCUAUUUUUAUUUCCUUCUCUGUUAAUUCCUACAUUAACGGUUAGUACAUUGAGUACAAUAUUCUCAUGUUAUUGCAAUCGCAUGUGAUUUGUCGACAAAAAAAAAAAAGAAAAAAAAAAGAAAAAAAAAAACAAAAAAUCUAUGCGAUCGUUAUAACAAACUGACAACAACACAUAGAAAUAUACCUUACGAUAGUAUAAUUAUUAUUAUUAAUGUUAAACAUAUAAGGCUCUUUAAUAGCGUUAAACGGUAUAUCCCUACAUUAUUAGGAAAGUGAUUAUAUAAUGUAAUCUAUACAUACACCGCGAUCCUCCGCUCGCUUGCUUUAACGAGAAUAAAUGUAUAAAUUAAUUAUUAACGCUUUCAUGAGAUGAAUAUAAGUUUAAGAGCAACAACAACAACAACAAUAACAACAAAAGAAAAAAAAAACAAACAAACAAAAUGAUAUGAUUUUAACGUAAAAUUAUUACAAACAACACAAUUGUAUAUAGCUGAAUGGAUGACACUUAAAAUUCAUUAUAAUUGGUCGUGGUAGCGGAGAAGAGUAUUGUGAUUUUUUUGUAUGUAAGUGCCGUGUAACAAACAAACAAACAAACAAACAAAUAAACCAAGAAAUAUAUCUGCUCCCCGAAACAAAACAACAACAACAAAAAAAAUAAAAAAAUAAUAAAAACCAAAAAAGAAUGAAAAAAACAAAAAAAAAAAACUGUGUUGUCCAUGCAGCUGUGUUGAAAUUACACCCUGCACGCAUGCGCACACGUACACAAUGCCUGUGCAACUUAUGCAUCGGCAAAGAACAAAAUUAUAUAUUACAUGCGUACACACAGACAGACACAACACACAUAUACAUAUACACAUGACAUGUCAGUCUGUAGAUAGGUACAUACAUACAGCUUUGCUAAGUGUUUUCUGGUGAUCGGUAUCUAGCCAACUGUAGCAAAAAUGUUUAUAAUAAAAUGGUAACAUACAUUGUUUCCCAA